UAGGGAUGAAAACAUAAACAGGGUCAAUUCGAAAUAAAUGGACAGUAAUGUAACGAAUGUAGCGGUAUCAAAGAACAUUGUAUUAUAAGUUUCCAUUUAUAAGCACGUAUUAAGGUUUCUUACAGUGAAAUUAUUUAGAGUAAUAUAUGUCUUGCCGAGUAUUUAUUAAUUUUUUUCUUUUUUUUAAUUCAAUGUUCAAUAUUAUAAUGUUGAGUGACGAUUUUAUUUCUGUUCGUGGGCUCAGAAAUGUAUGGAAAGAGAAUAUGUUUUUGGCUCAAAAAUAUUUGUAAGAUAUCUUGGGAAGGAAAAAGAAAAUAUAAUCGCCGAAAAUCUAGGAAAUAUUGUAACUCAAAGCAGAGCAGUCAGUGAAUCGGAAAUUGUUACUAAUUCCAAGCAGAACAGUUCAAAAAUGUAUCCUACGAGUGCCUCUGUAUUAGGGACAAGAACCUUUCAAUAUCCGCAUUAUCAAUCUUCAUCGUCUGUAGUAGGUGUCUAUCCGCCUUUCAAUCCCUAUUGUGCAUCCAUCAAUGGUCCACCAUCGGGAUUGAUACAGCAAUCUCCCAUAUUUUUUGAAAGUUAUAUGAGUAGCGGCGAUGUAGCUUUUAAUAAGCCAUACAACGACUUUACUAGAGUGCAGUCACCAAAUUUAAUUUGGCCAAUUGGACCAAGCCCUCAACCAUAUAGCCAUGCAUGGGAAGAACAAUAUAGAGCGGAAAAGUCAAAGACCUUAAGUAAAUGGGUUCACUUCCCACAGGCUUGGGAUAAUGUUGCUGUUGCCUCAACUCCUGAAGGUCUUAGACGCAUCAGAGGUACACACGGUGCAUUUUUUCAUGCUGCCGAAUGGCUUGAAGGACGGCAAUCAUACAAUUCAUUAGCUGUUAAUUAUAAUGUGCAAUCCAAUUCUUUCAAACGACGUAGCCCAUCUCCACUGUUUGAUGCACCGACUAGAGAAAAAAGCUCAUGGCACGGUCAGAAUCAGCAGCAGAUUUCUACACGAAACAAUAAAACACCAUCACUUUACGAAAAUAAUAUGUUACAAGGGACAAGACAACACAAUCAAACAUCACGGUCGCAUCUAAGUGAUGCAGAAAACGAAGAAGUAGAGAAAUUUUUUAUUCCUAAUAAUCGCGUCGGACAUAGUACAAAUAAUGGCAUUAAUAUACCCAUCGAAUUACAAGUAACAAAUUUAGAUCAAAACAUCAAUAUGAGAGAUAUGAAGCAAAUUCUUUCGUCUAUAUUCAGGGAACACGUCUCGAGCUGUCAUAUUUGUGUAUUUAUGCAAUCGGACGGUAAUUACGCUGCUAGUGUCAAAGUACCUUCAUUAUCGGACGCACAGUAUGUGAUCUCGCAAUUACAUCGUCGUAAAAUAGGUUACAAGCGCAUUUUGAUAUCUUAUGCUCAUAUCGGUGGACCAAAUUUGCAACUUAUCCGAGCGCAAAUCGUAAUGCUCUUGCAAGAAGUCCCGGGACACAAACUGCCGCUAUUCAAAUUCCGCGAGAUGUACGAGAGCCGGUUUAUGAUCUCUAUAAGCGUGUCGGAACUCUACAAGAUGAGAGACGUAUGCGUAAUCACUGAAGAUCCGAGUGGCAGAAUGGUUUCACUCAAUCCGGAUCAUAGAAACACGCCGUCGCCGUGCGUUAGUAAUACGAUACAGGAUGGACAAGUCAAAUUGCCGUAUUGCACGAUGCAUACCUCGAAACCGUUGUCUGACAAAGGCUGGGCGGAACAAGAAAUGGCAUCCUUACCGAAUAUAAAGAUCUCUUUGAAACUUCUCGAGUCUCGUAUGCAACAAUUACUAGCGUCGCACAAUGGCAUUCUACCCUUGCCAAGUUUACCAAACUGUUAUGAGGCAGAAUUCAAAGAACAAUUAGAAAUCAUAGAGAAUGGUGUACCUUUGGAACAUUUAGUUUCAUGCUUAUCAUGUGUCGAAUUGAGACAAAAUAUCGGUAGCGUGAAGUAUAUUGUAUGGACAGGGGAAAAGGAUCAUGAAAAUAAUCACGAUGAAACUAAAUGUGUGAGUCCACCACUCGCAAAUCAGCUAGCCCUUUUCAGCCGCGAGCUGAUCGAUCUUCUGAAAACCGCUCCGCACUGCCAGUUACCCUUUAAUCAAUUUAUACCAGCUUAUCACCAUCAUUUCGGACGUCAGUGCAGAGUUGCCGAUUACGGAUUUACUAAACUAAUAGAUCUGUUAGAGGCACUUACGCACACUGUACAAGUAAUGGGAGAGGGCAACAAGCGUGUAGUUACGUUAUCGCAUCGUGCUCAAGUACGCAGAUUCACCUCGGAUUUGUUGCGAGUACUGAAAUCGAAAGCGAGCAAACAAGUGGCACUUUCAGAAUUACCAAACGUUUAUAAUCGAGUAAUAGCAAAACCUUGGGACAUCGUGGAUUACGGUGUAUGUGAUAUCGAGGAUAUUCUCGGUGAAGUGCUCGAGAACACGGUUGUCGUGACUCCUUUGGAAAAUGGCGAUAAAAUGAUAACUAUUCCCAAACGCGAGCAAACUGCCGAAGAAAUCGAACGAACGAAAGUGUUCGCCAAGGAAGUGGUCGAACUACUGCAACACGUUCCACAAUGUAGAAUGCAGUUCAACAAAUUUGUACCUUCUUAUCAUCAUCACUUUGGGCAUCAAUGCCGCGUAUCGGAUUACGGAUUCACCAAAUUGAUCGAAUUAUUUGAAGCAAUCCCGGAUGUAGUUAAGAUCGAGGAAGUAAACGGAGGCGAGAGACAGAUAUCUUUAACCAAGAAAGAGGGUCUUAAAGUUCUCUCUGAACAAAUAUUAAAAUUGGUGAUGCGCGCCAAAAGCGGCCUAAGCGUUUCAAGCAUCGCACAGAUGUUCCAACAUCAAUUCGGUUAUGCGUUGCGUCCCGAAUUGUUCGGCUGCAGUUCAAUGUUGCAACUUAUGCAGAAGCUUGGAGAUACCGUUCAGGUUAUAAAUUUGGUUACAGGACCAGCUAUUAUCAUAAUAGACAAAUAUUUGCAGCAAACAAUUCUCCAAUGCCGGCGCAUAUUAAUGGGUCAACCCCAAUAUAGAAUGCCUAUUAGAGAAUUCGUGCAACAAUACUUUCAGUAUUAUUUGAAGCAAUGUAAUCUAGACAACUUUAAAAAAGAUCUGGCAAAUGUUGUUCGGUUUACAGUGAUAAAUAACGAACAAUUCAUCGAGCUGACACCAUUGCAUCGUUUUGCCUGUGAACUUUAUCUUGUAAUGAUAAAUUGCGAUGGUACAUUAAACUUAUCACAGUUUGAAGUAUCAUACUUGAAUUUCAUAGGAUCACCUUGUAUACCUGCACAAUACGGUUUUCCAACAAUAACUGCACUUUUACAAGCCUUGCCUUGCACUGUAACGAUAAAAGAGACACGGAAAAAAGAAGCGAUUAUCUGCUUGAAUAAAAAGCUAGCUGAUUCUGUCGGUUUGUUUCUGCCGCUGGGGUACAAAUCGAUGUCAUCCUAUCACGAUACAGAUUCCAGCAACGAUUCAUUUGAAAGUGAUUCUUCCUGUCGCGUAAAUGUUUCCAACGCUUUCAGCACAAUGGACGAUCACGAAAAGUGGCUUGAUCCAUUGACAAAUGUUAUUUCUUGGAAAGCAAAGGAUAAUGAAGAUGUACUGUCGAAGACUUGUGACAAGCAUUGGAAGAACUUACCAAAUUCGGAAAAACGCUCGAUUAACUGGCCAGCUCUGGAAAGCGGCGGUGAAAGCCUCUUAAACAGCUUGAUGCGCACACCGAAAUUACGCACACGUAAUUUCCCUCCACCGCCACCUAAACCCGAUUCCCCGCCCGAGGAUGUCAUGUGCAAAGAAGAACGCUCGAAAUCUUCACUGUGGAUGUCUCCAACAAAAUUUACCUAUUCACAAGAUGAACAUUCCCCGAAUGUACAGCUGAAAAUUUUAGAAAACUGGAAUCAGGUGCCAAUACUGUCCGCCGACGAUAUAUCGAAUUUGCUGUCACCGGCCAAAAAUCUGUUAUCUGCUGCACCUAACCCAUUUUAUUCGCCUACUUCUCCUGUUGUUGCACCACACUCAUCGGAGUUGCCACUUCCUUCUUUAUCGCUAACACCUAAAAAGAAAGCAUUGGUAGAUAAUCAGGGAAAAAUUGCCACUAACGCAAGGCAUCAUCUUAAUUUUACUAGUUCCGAAAAUGUUGUCGACGCAGAUGUUAUUUUUGUCGAUGAAUAUAUUAUUGUUAUCGACGAUAAUGAAAACAGCGAGAAUUACAGCACCUCUAGUAAACACUGAAUGUGUCAUGUGAAUGAGUGAUGACAUACAUAUAAAAUUGGAGUGAUACGCUGUUACUACCACGCGAUUUUCACAAUACGUAAUGAAGAAAUAAUUUUAUCGAUGAAAAAUCUUCGAUGUUUUGAGAUUGAGUUAGUGCUAACUGUAUGGCAGAAUCGAAAGAAUAUAAUGUAAAAUGGGGCGCAGAGAUAAAAUUUUAACAAAGAUCGUUGAGACAGAUUUGUUCGGUAAUAAAUAAAUAUUAGCAAUAAGUAUCAUGUAAAUUUUAUUUAAAAGGAGAUAAGAUAAAAAUUUAAACCGAAUAUCUCUGGAGCAGCACAAUAUCUUUCUUUUUUUUUCUUUUAUUUAAAGAACGGUGACUGGUACACCCUGUGAUUCUGCCUAAUAUAUUUUUACGUUCUGCUGAUAUAUUUAAAUAUGUAAUAUAAGAUGUAUAAUAAGAAUGCAACUCAUUUUGAAUUGUACAGAAAAAAAUGAAUGCGUGAUGAUCUCACUUUUAAUCUUCAUACUCAUUGUAAAUAUUACAUGGAUGGUGUAAUAAAAUUUACUGCAUAAAGAGAUAAAAUAGCGUAUUACGAUAAAUCUGGCAAACUAUUAUAGUAUCGCACAAAACUUGGAAUACAUUGUAGCUAUAAUUUUAGUAUACAAUCUAAUUGUACAAUUGAACAAUUCGGGAUGUAACGUGUAGCCGAAUUGCUGUUGGAAUGCUUGUAUGUAUGUACAAUAUUUGAAUGUACGAUAUUUGAAACGCAUAGGCCGCUUUUGGUGCGCAUUACUAAUUUUAAUAUUGAAAUUGACGAUGCGCGCCAAAAGUGGCCUAACGUUUCGAGUAUCGCAUAAGCAUUCCAAAAUUCAUACAAUUAAAUUGUAUACUAGAAUUAUAACUACAACGAAUUCCAAGUUUUAUGCGAUACUAGUUUAUCAGAUUUAAUUACGUAAUACGCUAUUUAAAAAUAAACCGGAGGAUUAGAAAUAUAUAAUGAUUGUACUAUCUCCACGAAUUUGAAUCGCUAAAAUAUUUGCGGUACAGUUGAAUAAUAGCUGGGCAUCGCGGGUAUUAGAUAAUUACGAGAAUUGUAUAGUAUUCGUGUAGUGACUUUUUUAUUAUUUUGUUAAUUUUUUGUUAUUAAAAAAAAUAGUUUUGUGACGUGUAUAUUUAUGGAUAAUGAUGAAUUCUAUUGUAUUUUAUAUUUGCAAAAGAAUUUCCGUGUGUACAAAACUUGCAAUAAUAUUGUUGCAACGUUGCAGCAAUGUUGCAACAAUAUUUCGGCAGUCUUCUUGCUGUACGUGUCUAUGAGAUAAAACUUUUAAUUUGUUUAAUCACAGACAUUUUGUGUGUAUACUGCGUUUGUUAUUAUUAAGAUUGUCAUUAUUAAAAUACACCAUGCAAGGUUGUCUUAUGUUCUAAAUGUCUAAUAAGUUUUAUUGCACACUCGAUUUGCUUUGGUGUUUUAAAUGAUGGAUGAUUAAUUUAAUUGAAACUUAAACGAAAAACUGUAAAUGAAAUCAUAUACAUAUGUAUAUAUAAGAUGAUUUUAUCAUAAUAACAAGAGAAAUUUUAAUAUAUAAAUCAUCAAUGGAAUCGUGUCUAAAUAAGUAUUUCAUAAAUUCAUUUAAUAUACAUGUACAAUAGGUAUAAUCUUUUUAUAUAUUGUACAAUGAAGGAAUAAAAGGAAAAAUUGAUUCAUACAAUA